ACUUCAUGAGCAUUGCUGCAAACAGUGGAAACCCUGGGAAAGAAUGUUUUCACUUAGAAAGGACCAGGACAGCAACAUCAUACAGUCCUCCACCAGCACUACGCAAUGAGUCCCUGCAGGAGAUGCAAGAAAAAGGACUUUGUUCAAAAUCGAGACUUGAAGAGUGCACUGCAGUAAACCAGCAGGCUUACUCUGAGGAUAUAGACUGUGUCUUUCCUAUUUUUUGGGGUGAGCACGGCCUUUCUGAGCGAUAUAUAUACUUUUCUGUGUAUACAGGCCAAAAGGACAAUUGGUGUAAGUUUGGAAGAACAGUCUGCACAUUUGAUAGUAAGACUGAGCAUCCCCAGCUGUUACAAAAUGCAGUGGACACCUCAAAUGAGGAUAUUGAAGAUGUUGAGGAGAUGAUCAGUGCUGCUGAUGACGUCCACCAACAUUCACGUAGUAGUAUCAUCAUGGAAACCAACUACUUCUGGAGUUCAAAAAGAAUACCAGAGGACCUUCCAGUGGAUUUAACCACAGCAGAGAAGCCCGUUCCUGAAAACUUUGAACCACUAGAAGUACAGUGCCCAUACUGUCCUGGCCCAUCUCCUCCAGAUCUUGGAAACAAAAUACUCAUCACCCG